AUGUACAAUCCAUAUGGAAAUGUAGCUGAUGCGUAUCAACUGCAACAACAACAACCACAGCAACUGCAACAGCAACGUCGUGUUCCUCAACUGAAACAAUAUAUUCCACCUCAACCACAACAACAUUUACAACAUCCACAACCUCAUCAUCCAACUCAAUUUAGUCAACCGCAACCAAUGGGAAUACCACCACUCCAAGAUAGUCCCCAUAUGCAUCAACACCCUCAACCUCAACCAAUGCAUCAACAGCAACAACAACAACAGCAAGCACAACAACCAGGGUUUAAUUUCUUUAAUGAUCCAGCAACAGCGUUAGCAUCCCAAUUUGCUCGUAGUGGAUUUGAACAUUCAAAUCAAUAUCUUCAAGAAAACUUUGGUUCAUUUGCUGCAUUUUCAGGUGUUGAUAUAAAAUAUUAUUUCCAAGUUUCUAAUUCUUAUGUAUUUCGUAAGAUCUUAUUAAUAUUAUUUCCAUAUAGACAUAAAGAUUGGAAUAGAAUAUCUACUAAAGAAACUGGACAAAGUCAGUACUUGCCACCUAGUCAUGAUAUUAAUGCUCCUGAUUUAUAUAUUCCCUUAAUGUCAUUUGUGACUUAUAUUUUACUUUGGGCUGCAUUUGAAGGAUUAAAAGGAGAUUUCCAUCCUCAAUUAUUUGGAUAUUUAAGUUCACAAACAAUGGCAUUUUCGAUAUUGGAUGUCGUAAUUUUUAAGACUGGAUUAUAUUUGUUGAAUUGUGGAGGAGCUGGGAAAAUCUAUGAUAUUGUAUGUUUUGCUGGAUAUAAAUAUGUUCUGAUUAUUGUUUUAUUAUGUACUAAACAUUUAGUUGGUGGUUGGUUAGGUUCAAUUGGAUAUUAUGCAAUUGUUAUAUUGUUGAUUGCUAAUUUAUCAAUCUUUUUAAUGAGAUCGUUGAAAUUCUUGGUCUUACCUAAUGUUAAUAAUAAUCCAAAUACUGGCGGUACUACUGGCGUUUCUAAUAGUAUUACUUCAAAGCAACGUAAGAUUAGAAUCCAAUUCUUAACAUUAUAUGAACAUUCAAUAAUCAUUAAUAAGAUGUCAUCAAGAUCAAACUUUAAAGGGUCAACAUCUGCCCGUUAUGUCAAGAAUGGUAACAACAGCAACUACAACAAAAACAACAAAGAAAUCACAACCAAAUUUAAAUCACAACGAGAAACACCGGUUGUUGAUCCAUACAUAGCGAAUAACCCAAUGUUAAAUGAUGCUCAUCAGAAGAGAGAAUUAGUUACAAGAAUAGACCAUAUUGAUUCCAUAAUGGGAUUUGAUCGAUUUGAGCAUGGAGAGAACGAUGGAAAUAAACCACGAAGAGGUUGGUUAAUCAAUAUGCAUGCAACUACUAUACCUAAAGAUGAUGGAGAAGAUACUAAUUACCUUAUUGGAUAUUCUGGAGUUGAUUAUUAUUUCUUAGAUGAAGAAGGUGGUAGUUUUAAAGCUACUUUACAAUAUGAUCCAUAUUUCUUUAUUGAAGUGAUACCUGGUAGAGAACUGGAAGUUGAAGAAUGGCUGAGAAGAUUUUUAGAAACUUGUAAUGUUAAGAAUUUAACUAGAGUAAUUAAGGAUGAUUUAGCAUUACCUAAUCAUUUAGUUGGAUUGAAGAAGAAUUUAAUUAAGUUAAGUUUUCAUAAUGUAUCUGAUUUAUUAGCUGCAAGAAGAUUAUUAACACCUAUUAUUAAAGAUAAUCAAAUGAAACGAGAUUCAAGAGAUAUUUAUAAAGUAUUGAACUUUGGAAAUUCUAUUGCAACCACAACCACCAACGGAGAAGAUGACCGUAACACGGAUCCUGCCACAUUUAUAGAUGAUAUGAAAGAAUAUGAUGUCCCAUAUCAUGUUAGAGUAGCUAUCGACAAUAAAAUCAGAGUUGGAAAAUGGUAUAAUGUCUAUGCCAAACAUUCUAAAGUUGAACUUGUGGAAGAUAAAGAAAAGAUUGCAUUUGCUGAUCCAGUAGUAUUAGCAUUCGAUAUCGAAACUACAAAAGCACCAUUAAAAUUCCCAGAUGCCAAAAUAGAUCAAAUUAUGAUGAUUUCAUAUAUGAUUGAUGGAGAUGGGUAUUUAAUUACCAAUAGAGAAAUUAUUUCUCAAGAUAUUGAUGAUUUUGAAUAUACUCCCAAACCAGAAUAUCCUGGACAAUUCACUAUUUUUAAUGAACCUGAUGAAAAACACGUUCUUGAAAGAUUCUAUGAACAUAUUCGGGAUGUUAAACCUACCGUCAUGGCCACAUUUAAUGGUGAUUUCUUCGAUUGGCCAUUCAUUGAAACUAGAACAAGAUAUCAUGAUAUGGACAUGUUUGAUGAAAUUGGAUUUGCCAGGGAUAAUGAAGGAGAAUAUAAAUCGAAAUAUUGUGUACAUAUGGAUUGUUUUAGAUGGGUGAAACGUGAUUCUUAUUUACCUCAAGGUUCACAAGGUUUAAAAGCAGUCACAACUGCAAAAUUGGGAUAUAAUCCUACAGAACUUGAUCCGGAAUUAAUGACACCAUAUGCUUAUGAAAAACCACAAUUGUUAUCGGAAUAUUCUGUUUCGGAUGCAGUGGCGACUUAUUAUUUGUAUUAUAAAUAUGUUCAUCCAUUUAUUUUUUCCUUGUGUACUAUUAUUCCAUUGAAUCCUGAUGAAGUGUUAAGAAAAGGUACGGGAACAUUAUGUGAAAUGUUACUUUCGGUUCAAGCUUAUGAAGGUGGGAUUUUGUUACCUAAUAAACAUUCAGAUCCUAUUGAAAGAUUCUAUGAUGGACAUUUAUUGGAAUCAGAAACUUAUGUCGGUGGACAUGUUGAAUCUUUAGAAGCCGGUGUUUUCAGAAGUGAUAUUUCCACAGAUUUUAAAGUUGAUCCACUGGCAAUUGAUGAAUUGUUACGAGAUUUGCAUAAUUCGAUCAAAUUUUGUAUUGAGGUUGAAAAUGGAAAAAGUAUGGAUGAUGUUGAGAAUUUUGAUGAAGUUUAUGAAGGUAUAAAGGAGAAAUUAAUCGAGUUGAAAACCAACCCCUCGAGAAAAGAAACUCCAUUGAUUUAUCAUGUGGAUGUGGCAUCGAUGUAUCCUAAUAUUAUGACUUCAAAUAGAUUACAACCCGAUUCAAUGAAAACUGAAGAAGAUUGUGCUGCUUGUGAUUUCAAUCGUCCAGGAAAGAAUUGUGAUAGAAGAUUACCUUGGUCUUGGAGAGGUGAAUAUUUCCCGGCAGAAAUGAAUGAGUAUAAUAUGAUCAAAAGAACAUUACAGAAUGAAACCUUCCCUCAUCCUACCAAACAUUGGGUCCCACCAAGAAAAUUUGAUGAAUUGUCAUAUACUGAACAGGCUGCAUUAAUCAAGAAGAGAAUCAGUGAUUAUUCUAGAAAAGUCUACCACAGAGUCAAACAAAGUAAAGUCGUCACCAGAGAAGCUAUCAUUUGUCAACGAGAAAACCCAUUUUAUGUGGAUACUGUGAGAAAUUUCAGAGAUCGUAGAUAUGAAUUCAAAGGAUUGGCGAAAACUUGGAAAGGUAAAAUUUCCAAGAUUGAUAGUAAUGAUACCAUUGCCCGAGAUGAAGCUAAGAAAAUGGUUGUUCUUUAUGAUUCCUUACAACUUGCUCAUAAAGUCAUUUUGAACUCUUUCUAUGGAUAUGUUAUGAGAAAGGGGUCAAGAUGGUAUUCGAUGGAAAUGGCAGGUGUGACAUGUUUAACAGGUGCAACUAUUAUUCAAAUGGCGAGAGCAUUAGUGGAAAGGAUCGGUAGACCAUUGGAAUUGGAUACUGAUGGUAUUUGGUGUAUUUUACCUAAAUCAUUCCCCGAGAAUUUUAAUUUGAAAUGUAAGAAUGGUAAGAAGGUCUUUUUGGAAUAUCCUUGUUCAAUGUUGAAUUAUUUAGUGCAUCAAAGAUUUACAAAUCAUCAAUAUCAAGAUUUGGUAGAUCCGGAAACAUUCAAAUAUAAGACCAGAGAUGAUAAUUCGAUUUUCUUUGAAGUUGAUGGACCAUAUAAAGCAAUGAUUUUACCAACUUCCAAAGAAGAAGGUAAGGGGUUAAAGAAGCGUUAUGCUGUAUUUAAUGAAGAUGGAUCAUUGGCGGAAUUGAAAGGGUUUGAAUUGAAACGUAGAGGUGAAUUACAAUUGAUUAAGAAUUUCCAAAGUGAUAUAUUCAAGUUGUUUUUGGAUGGUGAUUCUCUUGAAAGUUGUUAUCUGGCGGUUGCUACUGUUGCCAACAAUUGGUUGGAUGUUUUGGAUACAAAAGGUGGGAUGUUAGAAGAUGAAGAUUUGAUUGAAUUGAUUUGUGAAAAUAGAAGUAUGUCCAAGAGUUUAGCUGAAUAUGGUGAUCAAAAAUCUACUUCUAUCACUACUGCUAGAAGAUUAGGAGAAUUCUUGGGAGAAGAAAUGGUGAAAGAUGCCGGGUUAGCUACCAAGUACAUUAUUAGUGCAAAACCUGUUGGUGCCCCAGUUACUGAACGUGCUGUUCCGGUAUCUAUAUUCUCGCUGGAAAAGAAGGAAUUAUUCUUGAAGAAAUGGUUAAAGGAUCCUUCAUUAACCGAUUUUAGUCCACGUGAUGUUAUUGAUUGGGAUUAUUAUAGAGAAAGAUUAGCAUCUGUUAUUCAAAAGAUUAUUACCAUUCCUGCUGCGUUGCAAAAUGUGAAGAAUCCAGUUCCUAGAGUACAACAUCCAGAUUGGUUACUGAGAAAAAUUGCCACUAGAGAAGAUUCAAAACAACAGAGUUCAAUUGCAACCUUUUUUGGCAAGGCAACGAAAGCAGAAGUUACUGAAAAGCAAGUUAAAGAUAUUGAAGAUUUUGGUGAAGUUGAUAUGGAAGGUGGUAUGAUGAAACCUCGAGUUGGAAAAGUCACUUCAAGAAAAAGAAGAGCAGGUAAGGCUAACUCAGUGUCUGACAAUGAAGAAGAAGAAAGAAUGCAAGCUCUUUUGAAUGGUCCUUGUCCAUCUAUGACUGAAGAUUAUCAAGCUUUCUUGCAAUAUCAAAAGGCUAAAUGGAAACAACAAGCAGCAAACAGAGAAAGAAGAAGGAAGUUGUUUGGUGCCAAUAGUGAAACUUCACAAAGAUCAACGGUUGGUGGUAUGAUCCGUAAACAAGCAGAAAAUAUUGCUGGUUCAAAUUGGGAGAUUUUGGAGUAUAAAGAAGAUCCAACUAAGCCAGGUAAUUUGAAAGUAUAUGUCUCAAUUGGUAACAACAAAAUACAUUCUUUCCAAUUCAAUAUUCCCAAGAAACUCUAUGCGUCAUUCAAGACUGAACUUUCAAGAAGAAAAUUACUUUCGGUUGCAGGAUGUCAAAUUGAACAAUCAAAUGCUAUUCUUCCAAAUGGGCACGACGCUACCAAUUUAUAUAAGUUGACCAUGCCUCAAUCUGUAUAUCAAGAACAAUUUGAAGAUGUGGGUAGUUUGUUACAAGAUUCUAAUAUUUUGGGACUUUAUGAAACACAAGUUGGACCCGUUGAAAGAGCAAUUAUUGAUUUAGGUAAUGUUGUUAAAUUUGAUGAUACUAGAGUUGGUGCCUUAGGAAAAGGGAUGAAGAAUGGAUUUAGUGCACAAGAAUUGGUUAAGAUUAAAUCAGAUACUUAUUUGAGAAAAUUUGAUAUGGAUAUGGUGUAUCUAUUACAUAUUGUUACCAAUAGUUAUGAAUUCUAUACUGUUUUCAAAAGUUGGGAGAAUCAUGCACAUAUAUUUGUCUUGAAACCUUCUGCCAAUGCUCAAGAAUUGCCAACAAAUAUAGACAGGAUCUAUCGUGAAAUCUAUGAAGCUAAGAAAGAUAAAUUGGGUAAAGUAAGUAAUAUUAUUGACUAUCCAAGUGAAAUGACAUUUGAAGCUGAUUACUUCCAGGACAAUUCUAAACUUUUCAAGAAGCUUAAUAAAACGAUUAGUAAAAUCCAUGAAAGCAGAAGCAACAAGGCAUUACUUGCAGUCCAAUCCCCAUUUGCAGCUAGAGUUCUUAAUGUUUUAUCUUCAGCUGCUGAUUUCCCGACAAUUAAGAUGAAUGUUAGUGAGCUUGUAUUGCCCGCAAUUGGGUGGCAAUCUUUAAUUUCGAAGAGAGUAAUCAACCAUUAUUUCGUUUUAGCAUCUUGGGUUAAGAAUUUGAUUGCCUUAUCCAAAUAUGGUGGUGUUCCCCUUUGUAAUUUGCAAAUUGAGAAUGUGGGAUAUUUGAUUGAUAUUGAAUAUGCUAGAAGAUUAACUGAAAAUAAUAUCGUUUUAUGGUGGUCAUCUAAUCCAUUACCUGAUCAUGGUGGGUUUGAAUCUGAUAAUACAAUGGAUUUUGAGAGUUUGGAAUUCCCCACAAUUAAUAAUCCUGAGAUUUAUGAAACAGCCUGUUUGGAAGUUGAAAUUGGUACUUUGACGAUCAAUACAAUUCUCACCAGUUCUUUGAUUAAUGAAGCUGAAGGUACUGAUUUGGCUGAUGAUGCAGUUAGAUCGGAUAAGAAUAAUGGUGCAACUACAUUUGCUGAAGAUGCCUUCUCAGCACCUGCGUUAAACAUUUUGAGAUCAAUGGUCAAAGAUUGGUGGGAUGAUGCUUUAAGAAAUAAUAUCAAUGCUGAUUCAAUGAUGAACAAUUUGGUUACUUGGGUUCAAAGAAAUGAUUCAUUCUUGUAUGAUUAUGCAUUGCAUUAUCAUGUUCAUAAUUUGACUUCAAAAGCACUUUUACAAUUAAUUGGUGAAUUCAAGAAAAUGAAUGCUCAAGUUAUAUUUGCUAAUCGAAACAAGAUGUUGAUUCAAACAAGUAAAGUGUCAGUUGAAAAUUCUUAUGCUUAUGGACAAUAUAUUCUUAAGGCUGCUAGAUCUAAACCACUUUUUAACUUUUUGGAUUUGAAAGUUGUUAAAUAUUGGGAUCUUUUGGUAUGGAUGGAUGAAUUUAAUUAUGGUGGUAGAAGUUGUACUGAAAUCACUAAUGAUGAAAUGCAAAAUUUGAUGCCAGAGAACCAAUGGCAAAUAAAGAAGUUCUUACCAAUUAUUUUCAGAGAAGAAUUUGAAGAUUGGAUUGUUAUUUUCUUGGAUGCACUUACCAAACAUAAAACAGAAACAUUGACUGGUACUCAAAGUGGAACUCCCAGAGUUACUCAAAUUGUUCAUAUUCUUAAGGGACAAAAGAAGUUAGAAGCAAAGGAAAUUGAAGAAGAAGAUAUCACGAAUGGAGUUAUUGAGAUUUUUAGAAAACCACUCCAAAAGAGAAUUGAGAAAUUAUAUCGUCGUCAAAAUGAAGCUAUUAUUAAUCCUGAAUUUCAGAAAGAAUAUGAAUUCCCUAAAUUGGCUGGUUCCCAUUUACAUUUCAAGAAUCCGAUUUUAGAAUUAGUUAAGGCUUUAUGCGCCGUAUUUGAAUUAUCACAAAAGAGAAAUCUUGAAGUUAGGUUAUUAAGAAAAGAAUUAUUACAGAUAUUUGAUAUCAAAGAAUUCAGUAAAGAAGCAUUAUUUAGAAAUCCAAGUGCUUCCUUGAAAUUGCCUCAUGUUAUUUGUGAUUAUUGUAAUUUUACUAGAGAUAUUGAUUUAUGUCGAGAAGAAGAAAUUAAUAUUUGGAAUUGUCAACAAUGUCAUAAGUCAUAUAAUAAAAUCACUAUGGAAGAAGAAAUUAUUGCUCAAUUCAACAAGAUGUUUACCAAGUUCUUUAAUCAAGAUUUGAAAUGUUCUAAAUGUCAUCAAAUUAGAGAACGUAAUAUGGAUCUUUUUUGUAAAUGUUCUGGUAGUUGGGUUGAAACUGUUAGUCAUUCUGAACUUGAAAGAAAGUUACAAACAUUUGUCAAUGUUGCUAAGUUUUACAAUUUACAAUUGUUAAAAGGUUUAAUAGAAGAAGUGUCAUAG